AUGGUCAUACCUGCAUAGUUUUUUGAUUCACAAAUCCAUGGGUGAUACCUGCAUAGUUUUUUGACUCACAAAUCCGGAGGUGGUACCUACUGCCUGAAUAUACUAGGGGGUUUUCCCAAGCCUCUACUGCCGGAAUACGAAUUUCUAUCCGUUUAUGGGAUGUUAAGACAGGAUAAUAAAAAGCCAAAUUAGAUGGUCAUUCAAAUUGUGUUAAUUCAAUUUGUUACUCUCCUGAUGGUACUACAUUAGCAUCUGGUAGUUAUGAUAAGUCUAUCCUUUUAUGGGAUGUUAAGACAGGAUAUUAAAAAACCAAAUUAGAUGGUCAUUCAGGUUUGGUUAAUUCAAUUUGUUACUCUCCUGAUGGAAAAACAUUAGCAUCUGGCAGUAGAAAUAACUCUAUCCGUUUAUGGGAUGUAAAAACAUCAACGGAAAUACUCCAAUCAGAUAGUAGCUAUAAAGAUUUACUUGCCUAGUUUAACAUACCUCUCAAGAAUAGCUCCUUAUUGCCAAAUAGUAUUUAUUAUUAGUUAUUAUUUAGUUAAUCCUUAUUGUACAAUACUUAGAAUAUCCUAGAAUCCUUUGUUCCAAGCACCAGGAACACUUAUCCUAUAAGGACAAUUCAUUAAUUAUUAAGGGAUAGAUUUAAAACCAUUGUUUAAAUCCAAAGGAAGUUGCUUUUUAGAAAACUUAAAGCAAAAUUGA